AUGAACCCAUUAAUUUCAGUCCAAGAAUUCACAAACCAGCCUGCAGAGAACUUCAAUAUAGUCUUCUGCUCACCUCCUUCAAAUAGCCAAAACUCAUUUAUUCCAAAUUCUUAUAUACCGAUUCACUCCAUAUUAAUUGGCCUUUAGCUACAUAAGACAAUUUUUUAUCUUAAAAUAUUUAAUCUAUAAAUAUCUAUUGAAAUACCCUUUAAUAUAUACUGCUCUAGGCUGAUUUUAAGUUAAUUUUUACUAGUCCGCCAUUAGAAUAUAUAAAAAUUAUCUUACCUAUUUCUUAUUAAAUAAGAAUAUUUAUUACAUAUCAGACGACACAGAAGAAUUUAUCAAAGAUGCACGCAGUAUUGAAUUUGACGAAGAAGAAAAAACCAUCAUUUGCUAUGACGACGGCUCCUUUAACUAUGCCAGUAAAGCAUAUUGAGGAUUCAAAGCUACUGGUGUUGAUGAAGUCAGAAUUUUAAUCGGUGGCUUAAAAGUAUGCCAAGAAAUAGGUCUAGAGCUCGACGAAGGCGAGCCUCCUGAGAUUACCAAAUCAAACCACCCUUAUUUGCCUUUCAAUAACUCAGUUGUCUUCACAAAAGAAGAAUUCGCUAAGAAAAGCGUGUAUUGCCAACAAAUUCUGCGAGCUAAUAGUCUGCCUUUUAAUUUGCUUGACGCUAGAGGAAAUUUAAUACUGCAAACACAAUUAGUCAAAAAUUUCGAAAAUCAUGGAAUCACGUUCAGCACUGGAAAAUCGACCAUUGUGCAUGGGAAAUCUGCCUGCUUGCUAGGGGUUUUAUUGACAUUUUUAGGCGAAAAAUCAGUGAGUGUCGUUAUUGAUGAUACUGAAGGCGUUUUGGCAGGAAAUAAAGGACGGGCUUCAAAAAAGAGAGAAUUGUCGUUCCAUAUAAUGCCUGACGGGUCUGAUGUCCCUGAUAGUGGGGCUACUAGAUCACCUAAAAAGCCUGAUGAAACACAUUAUAUGCUGCCUGUUGAAGACGGAAAUGAAACCAAAAAGCCUGAAGCUGGGAGGUCAAAUACAAUAUGCUGCAGCGCAUGUAGUAUAUUUUAA